AUGGCGUUAAUGGCUUUUAAAGACAAACUGUUCAAUGCUAGAGUUGAUGCUUUUGUUGACAAUAAGGCCGUUGUCGAGGCUUGGAACAACCAGGGUGGUAGAAGCUUGGAGCUUAAUAUGGCAUUGAAACGGCUUUUCUUCACAACGUCGAAGCUUAGCUUAUCUCUGCACAUGUCUUACAUUCCGACUGGUCAGAAUCCUGCUGAUGCUCCAUCAAGGCGCCUGUCCCACUCAGAUAGUAAAUUGUCGGAUGGCUUGUGGCAGAUUGUUCAGAAGGAGUUUGGUGGUAGGGAAGGCCAUACUUGCGACCUUAUGGCCUUGGAUUCGAAUAGUAUGACGGAUGCGCACGGGUAUUCUCUCCCUCAUUUUACGCCGAUUCCCUCUCCCGGAUCGUCUGGUGUAAAUCUCUUCACACAGGGCCUUGCUUCCCUCGGAGCGCUUAUGGCCAGACCGUAUGUUUUUCCUCCCAUGGCUUUAACGGGACCUAUCUUAAAAUUUCUGCAGAGUUUUAAACAGUCGUGCACAGUAGUGGUGCUGGACGUGUUUCCCAAGACGUACUGGUGGCCUCUUCUUAUGAAUAAAGCUGUAAAGAGUAGAUGUCUGGCUGUUCGUGGCGAUGGCAACGCUCUCUUGGUCCCGUCCAAAAAGGGGUGGCUGCCUCACAAGGGCAUUCCUGGAGAUCUCUGGGUUUUUGCAGUGUGUUUUUAGGUGUGUCUUGGCAUACAUUUUGAUCUGUUGUGCUACUGGUUUGUGGUGUAUGAUAGGGUUCUUCUUUUCUGGUUUGUAGUAGCUUCCAGUCAUGGCAAAGCUGUUUGUCCAGUCGGUUAAAUGCCCAACCUGUGGACACGCUAAUGAUUUUGACUUCCGUUUUUGUCAACGUUGUGGCUACAAGCGAAAGGUUAUGACAACGCUUGUCAAGGAACACUCUGAUGUUAUCGUUGACCUUGAUGGGAUUGAAGUGCGGUUGCAGCAGUUACUUCACUACGAUCAGGCAACCAGUUAUAAAAAGCAGAAGGAUUCUCUUCAGAGGGAACUUGAGGCUUUUCUUGGUGCUCUGCCGGGUUUUGUUACUCUCGCGACAGUGACGCCUAGGGACUUGUGUCGCUUCCUGAUCUUUAAAGACAAGCGUGGCAAAACACAGGUACACCUCAAUACGUGUGAAUUUUUGGGUCAGCGUGGUAAACAGUCAUGUGGCUGCCCCUUGAGAUUGUCGUACAAGACUGUAGACUCUUACAUAGGAAAGUUAAGAUCGAUUUUCCAUUCCAUUGGUCGGGACGGAGAGUGGGACAAGCGGCUAGGUCUUGGUAACCCAGCCUCUGAUAAAUUGGUUAAAGAUUACCUUCGUCUUGUCACAGCGGAGCAGUUACAGGCCCGUGUUACUCCAAAACAAGCCACGCCAUUCUUUGUGGACAAAUUGACUCAGUUAUCGAAGUAUCUUGAAGGCGAGCUAGCGAGAUCAAAGUCGAAACUUGACCGUUUCAUUAUCGCACCCUGA